CGGAGGUGUAAGCCCUUUUUUGUGUCAAUGAAAAAAUUUUUUUUCGAAUAUUUUUUUGACUAUUUUGUAGAGAAUAAAAAGCUGCACAACAUAUGUAAAAUUCAGUGUGGGAUCUCCUGAUCCUGCAACACAGCAGGAGGUACACUGUUUUAAGUGAACUGAUUAAAAUGACCCCCUUUGACUCAUGUUGGCUUUAUAAAACUUGAGUUGUUAGACAUUAUAUUAUAUCAACAUAGCUCAUUUUUUUCAGCUUUUAAUUCUCUAUCUUGUGAUAUAAGCCACGAAAAAGUUUCAUGAUCUGUUGAAACGCAAGCUAACACAUCUUUUAUAGUGUAUUUUUUCUUGUUUUUUCCAAAAAGGUACGAUAGUGCUAAAAGUUGGUAUUUGCUAACUUUUCCAAGGAAGAGUAUUAGAACUUAAAAUUUGGGGGUUGGUGGUUUCAGACAUUGAUGCAUUGAACGAGCAAAACAAAUCAAGCAAAAUUUGUUUUUUAUCGAGUGCCUCGUAUACUCGGUCGCCUCGUGGACGCUCUCUUAAUAUUCAUUUAUCUGUUCAAUAUUUUGACCUAGUACAUCGAUGUAACCGAUUCGGUAUUUUUUUGCAUCGUUUGUUUAUAUGUCGUCCCAAUAAAAGUCUCCUUUUGUGGUCCUAUUUUUUUCUGAAUUCCACUUCAAUUUGAAGCAGUUUUUUUACGAUGGCACAGAAGAAAACAAUUUCAAAGUGAAGCAGGCUUCAAAACAGCGCGGUAUAGCAAAAGAAAACAUGUAUCACUGCAACUAUUAGUUGCAGUGAUACAGUUGUGGCUGUCACUGUGGAGUGUGUGGUGUGAUUUCAUUGCAUAGAUACCCACACCCCACACUCUAAUUGACAUUCUAUUAGGAUUUGAGUUCUAUUCGUCGAAGAAACAUUCAAAGAACACAGUAUUAACUACGAUAGUAAAAAUUUAGAGUAUUUUUUUCACAUUCAUUCAUUGUAUCAAAAAUUUGUUCAAUUUUAAGUAUCAAAAAACCAACUAACAAUGGACGAAGAAGACCGUCUUCAUGAACUGCGUCAAAAGACUCUCAAUCGAUACUCAUAUGGCAUUUUAUUUGUCAACAAAGGCAAAGUAGAUUGUUUUUUUUCUAUCGCCUCUCAUUUUUUGAGCCGAUUUGUACAGUUUUUUGUAGCGCCACAUCGCUAUGGUGAACAUUCUCGACGUAUUGUGAAAGGAAAUUCUAAGUUAAAAAUGAAUGGCACAUUUGAAACACCAUGGGAUACAGCUGUACGUGCAAUUAGUGAGCAGCUUGAAUAUCGGAAUGAUGAAAGUAAUGGAGAAUGGUGCUCGUUUGAUAUUAAUGAAUAUAAGAAGGAAUGGAAAUGUUGCACCUAUUUGGAAUGGACUUUCGAAGGCAAUCAUCGGGAAGAAUAUACACGAUUGGCAGGUGUUUUUGUAGUUCAGCUUAUGGAGACCCCUAAAUUUCGAAUAAAAAAUUAUGAAAAAUUUCAUGUACUUGAAAUCAAAUCGAAAUUUGCUAUACAACACACAAAGUAA